CACUCAUUCAUUACAAACCACUGAUUAGUAUUGAAAUCUUGUUAUCAUUUUCUACACACAAACUGUUUGUUUUGUUCAUCAAAAUUAUGUUUGUUUUCAUUACUCACUCACUGUUGGGAUGUGUUUGUCGUGAAGAGUCUUCACAGCGAAUAUAACGCUAUGUUUUAGUUUUAAUUUAGUUUUAAUUUAUAUCACAAACACAUCAAUGAAAUCGUCCGACAAAUGCAUUGUUUGAAUGUCUACUCAAUUACUGUCUUCUGAAUGGCAUUCAUAACAAUCCAAAGAAAUCAAUCGUUUGUUGAAUCCAUUCACCAAAACAUGAAGAUUAAGUGUGAUUCAAAUCAACAAAUUAAGUACUCAUUAGUCGUCGACUCCAAUCCACAGACUAUGGAUUCGCACAAAAGUGGUAACGAGUGUUACUUCGCUGUGAGAGGAGCGGCCAUUAUAUUACCGCAUGAGGAAUGUAUUCAUGUGUAUAAGAGUCUGUCGAAGAACUCGUCGACAGUCGACAUUCAGAAGCACUUGCAGUCGAUGUUUGUUUUGCUCAGACCUGAGGACACACUCAAAAUGGCCGUGAAACUGGAGAGCGUUCAUCCAAACCGAACUCGUUAUCUAAUUAUCGUUAGCUCUGUGUUUGAAACUCGUGAAGAGAGUUGUCUGUUGGGCAUCGACUAUAAUAUUGAGGCCUCCAUUGGAUUAGUACUUCCCGUUUGGGCCGACACUCGCAUUACGCUCGAUGGCGACGGGUAUGUCUUCGGUUGGGUUUUGAUGAAUGUGUGA